AUGGUAACUACAACAACCACAACUGCAACAACUUGCUGCUGUGCUCCUGCCUCCAACACUACCUGCAUUCCAUCACUUCCACCUUCAUCACAACCCCCACCUUCAUCACCACCACCACCCUCUUCUGCCACUGUCAUCCUCUCCAUCACUUCACCAUAUCACCAACACAAUCAGCAGCAACAGCAGCCACAAUCACCACACGAGCCGCAGCCGCAGGAAGAUGACCAACAGCAGCAGCCAGUUGUUGGUGGAAAUGAUGGGCCUUUGGGCUCUGUUGCAUCCAUUAAGGAUGGCCUACCUCCCCCUACACAGAUUAAUAAAAUAAAGUUUGGCCCUGGUGCUCCCCUCAUCAAGAAGGAGAAGAGGCAGUCAUCAUCACGGUUUAACAUCCCUAAGAACAGAGAACUACAGAAGCUUCCAUCACUUCGAGAUGCUCAACCAAAUGAGCGGGAAGAAUUAUUUAUUCAGAAGAUUCGACAGUGUGGUGUUAUAUUCGACUUCAUAACUGACCCUCUUAGUGAUCUAAAAUGGAAAGAAGUAAAACGAGCAGCUCUGAACGAAAUGGUAGAGUAUGUCACGACACAGCGUCAAAUGUCUCAGGUUUAUUGUAUAAUACUUUGCUCCAACAUAAACAGAAAGUCUCCCAUGACUUUACUUGGCUUUUCCGUAGGAGCAGAGUUCGACCCAGAGGAAGAUGAACCUACUCUUGAAGCUGCGUGGCCCCACUUGCAAUUGGUGUACGAGUUUUUCUUAAGAUUUCUAGAAAGCCCAGACUUCCAACCAUCUGUUGCCAAACGUUUCAUUGAUCAGAAGUUUGUGCUGCAGCUGUUAGAACUGUUUGAUUCAGAAGACCCUAGAGAGAGAGAUUUUCUCAAGACCACUUUACACAGAAUAUACGGCAAGUUUUUAGGGUUGAGAGCGUUUAUCCGCAAGCAGAUCAACAAUAUAUUUUACAAGUUCAUAUAUGAAACAGAGCAUCAUAAUGGUGUGGCUGAAUUAUUAGAAAUUUUAGGAAGUAUCAUCAAUGGCUUUGCAUUACCACUGAAAGAAGAACAUAAAGUGUUUCUGCUGAAGGUUUUGCUACCCCUUCAUAAGGUUAAAUCGCUGAGUGUGUACCACCCUCAGCUGGCUUAUUGUGUAGUUCAGUUCCUGGAGAAGGACCCUUCGUUAACUGAACCUGUCAUCAUCACCCUGCUCAAGUUGUGGCCUAAAGUCCAUAGCCCCAAGGAGGUGAUGUUCCUAAAUGAGCUAGAAGAGAUCUUAGACGUUAUUGAACCAAAUGAAUUUGUAAAGGUGAUGGUUCCAUUGUUUCGUCAACUGUCCAAAUGUGUCUCAUCUCCGCACUUUCAGGUUGCAGAAAGAGCUCUCUAUUAUUGGAAUAAUGAAUAUAUCCUAUCAUUGAUUAGUGAUAAUGCGCAAACAAUCCUUCCUAUAAUGUUCCCAGCGCUAUAUAAGAAUUCCAAAUCCCACUGGAACAACUUGUCAUCCUCCAGCAUGUCAUCCUCCCAGCAUGUCAUCCUCCCGGCAUGUCAUCCUCCCGGCAUGUCGUCCUCUAGCAUGUCAUCCUCUGGCUUGUCAUCCUCUGGCUUGUCAUCCUCUGGUUUGUCAUCCUCCAGCAUGUCAUCCUCCAGCUUGUCAUCCUUCGGCUAG